UUUAAAUCUCCAAGUUCAGUUUCGCCCGGGAUACCAAACAAGAAACAUGGGAAAGUCAUUGGUCGCCAUCUUUGUUCUGGGCGGUGUACUCUGUGACCCCCAGGUAUCAUAUCUUGGAGCCCCUCAGUACUAUUCUCCUCAGAUUGCCUACGCCCCUACCUCCAGCUUCGCCUACGCCCCUAGAACACCAGUUGCCUACGCCCCUUCGCCUCUAUUUGCCUAUACCCCUGGUGCCUCACCAUUCAGCUACUUUACCCCCACGGCACUGGCACAUCAUAGAACAGCUUUAAAUGUUCUCGAGGGUAACUACCCCAGGUUUGCGCAGUACACUCCGUACUUUCCAUUCCAACCCUCUGUACUUGUAUCCCCAGGAGAAAAGUGUGAUUGACCAAGCGCCAUUUUCUGAUACUAUAGAGGUUGGACUAGAAGAUACUAAAGAUACUCCAGCUAAGGGGGAGUAUGUAACUAUUAAAGAAACCCUGGACUCUCUUCCUGAUAUUGCCUUCUCCAAACCUGCUCUAGGAUUCCGUGGUGCUCCUCAGCCUCCUCCUAUUCCAGCUGGAAUAGUGCAGUCCACUCAACCAAAGUUCUCUCAAAUCUUGUUCAAGAAUGAUAAACUUGCCCAACAUUACAAAUUCUUCUGAAACCUUCAGGAAACAGAUUCCACUGUUUGUCCGUUGAUGAAGAAUAACUGAAACUGCCUGAUAUCAAACUCAUGUAUUCAUAUUAAUAAUUUUAUAAUAAUAUAAGAUGUGAGUUAAAUUAUAAAAUUGUAAACGUACACUUUUCCUUCUUCUUUUUAAACUUUAUUUUUACUGAAUUUCAUUUCUUAAUGGAAUUGUUGAUAUUUUUUCUGUCAUUUGAGAUUAACUUUUUCCUCUCAGGAUGUUUUUUUUAACAACCUUUGGUAUUUGUAUGCAUUGUAUGCAGUUUUUAAUAUGUUUGUUGACACACUUUUGGUAUUUUUCAUCCAAAGGAAUACGUUUAAUUGCUCUUAUUUUUUAACAAUGUAAAAUUCUUUUC